AUGAGAUAGAGAUAACAUUAAUAAGUACUUAUUUUCAAUUUAAAUUAGAUAAAUGAAAGAAGAGUAGAAACUUAAAUAAUUGGUAGUUUGGAUUUUUUGUCAAAUAAUCUAUUUUUAAUUGUAAUUAUAUCUCAUUCAGAUUAAUUGAAGCUGAAAAUUUGGCAAAAAAAUCAUGAUAACAGUUCCAAAAGUAAGAGAAGAUAUUUUUAGAAAACUUAAAAACCCAUUAAAAUUAGAUCAUAGAGAUUUUUUAUAGUAUAUCCAGAGGAAUUCCUGGUAAAUCUGUUGCUUCUGAUUUAUUAUCAUUAAGAUGGAAAGAUAUUAAUAAAUAGCGAAGAGACUACCUAUAGAUUUUAAGAUGGUUAAUAAUUUAAAAUCCAGAUUUCUUUAAAAGUUUAAAGGGAGACCACCUUCAGAACUAUUAUUAUGGGGACAUUCAGGUUGUAGGAAAACUUUAAUAACAAAGCAGUAGCUAAUAUAUCAAAGAACAAAUUUCAUAGGAGAGAAAGAACCUGCCUGAAAUAUUAAAUUAAUGUGUAGGAGAAUUUGAGAAAUCUAUUUUAGGAGUAUUAAAUUACAAAAAAACAUUAGUUAUUUAAAGAGUUAGAGCUUCUUAACCUUGCAUAAUUUUCUUUUGAUGACAAGCAAUUUGUCCAGUCAGAGGAAUAGAUAGAGGAGAUUCAGUGAAUGA